GACAGAAAAGAAAUAAACAAGUAACAAUGUAACUUACAUGCAGUCACACACCCCUUUCUCUUGUAACAAUGUGUACGUUUUUACGGAGGGAGGGGGCGCGCAGAGGGAGAAAGAGAGACGGAGAGAGCUAGAGAAAGGAGGAGGGGGGUGCGUUCUGAAAUAAUAUAGUCAGCCAUUUUUUAUGUAAGGGGAUUUUUUUUCUUAUUGGGGGGGUUGUUAAAAAAUAAAUAUAAGAGGGCGGCCAUCUUUGUUGCUCUGCCUAGUGUAAAAUAUUUCAAAACGCCCCCCACUUUUUUCUGUGCCGAUUUGAAUAUUAAAUAAAUAUUACACAUUCGGGACAAGAAUAUGCUUUUUUGAAUACAAGGACGGAUCCAAUGACAGGAAUAUAAUGUCCUCUCCUCUCCGAUCCUGUGAGGAAGACGAGGGCAUGGUGGUUAAUUCCGAGGGAGGAGAUUUUGAUGAAGAAGACGACGACCGAGACCUAGACGAGAACGCAAGCGACAUAAACUCGCCGGCGGCGCCUCGGGAAACUGCAACAUCAGCCGCGCCAGACGAAGAGGCAGAUACAUCAGACAGAGAAGUCCCGUGCAGGAAGAAAGGGCGGCCGAAGAAAAAGAAGGACACAAAGAAGAAAGACAAAGAGGGAAAACCUAUUAAAGCAAAAAAACGCAAGAAGAUUGACAGCGAUGUAGAGAGAGACUCGGACAGAGAAAGAGACUACGGCGAGAACUCGGACAGCGUAGCCAGCGACUAUGGAUCUGGAGAGAAAAAGAAAAAGAAGAAACAUAAAGAAAGGAAGGAGAAGAAAACCAAGAAGAAGAAAAAAGUCGAUGGGGACCGAGACAGCAGUCAGGAGGAAUCAACAAAGCAGCCAAUAGAGCAGAAGACAUCGGCCCAGCUGGCGAAGGAGUGGGGUCUGGAGGAUGUUGAUCAUACCUUCACAGAGGAGGACUACAGGGAACUCACCAACUACAAAGCCUUCAGCCAGUUCAUGAGGCCGAUGAUAGCCAAAAAGAAUCCUAAGAUCCCCAUGUCAAAGAUGAUGACCAUCCUGGGGGCCAAGUGGAGAGAGUUCAGCUCUAACAACCCCUUUAAGGGCAACGCUGCUGCUGUCGCGGCAGCCGCAGCAGCUGCUGCAAUUGCUGUUGCUGAGCAGGUCUCCACAGCGAAUGCCUCGCCUGAGCCACCGCCACCGCCACCAAUCAGAAAGGCAAAGACGAAAGAAGGCAAAGGCCCUGGCUUUAAAAAGCGCAGUAAAAGUCCUCGAGUCCUGGAUAAGAAAAAGGCUGCCGCAAAGGCUAAGAAGAUGGCACCCAUUCGUAUUAAGCUAUCACCUAUAGGUGCCAAGAGGAAGAAGAGUUGCUCAAGCGAGGACAUGGAUGAGGAUGAGUCGGAGCAGGAGGACUCCAGCGUUCACAGCUCCUCGGUCCGCUCCGACAGCUCUGGUCGCGUCAAGAAGAACAAGCGAGGACGGCCUGCCAAAAAGAAGAAGAAAAUUACAAUCCCAGGUGAAGAGGAUGGAGAAGGCUAUGAAACGGAUCAUCAGGACUACUGUGAGGUGUGUCAGCAGGGCGGAGAGAUCAUCCUGUGUGACACUUGUCCUCGAGCUUACCACCUCGUCUGCCUUGAGCCUGAGCUGGACAAGGCCCCCGAGGGCAAGUGGAGCUGCCCGCACUGCGAAAAAGAAGGAAUCCAGUGGGAAGCAAAGGACGAGGACUUUGAGGAUUUUGAGGAGGACAGCGAGGACAGAGUGAUAUCAGAGGUCAGCAUCGGGGUCCCCGCCGGGGCGGAGGAGGAAGAUGAUGACCACAUGGAGUUCUGUCGGGUGUGUAAAGACGGAGGUGAACUGUUGUGCUGCGACACCUGCACCUCCUCCUACCACAUCCACUGUCUAAACCCGCCGCUGCCAGAGAUCCCUAAUGGAGAGUGGCUGUGUCCGCGAUGCAUGUGUCCGCCUAUCAAAGGACGUGUCCAGAAGAUCCUCCACUGGAGAUGGGGUGAACCUCCGCCUCCCAUCCCGGUUCCCCCCCCUCCUGACGCACCACCUGAUGCCCCCCCGCCGCCACCAAUGAAGGGCAGAGCCGAGAGAGAGUUCUUUGUCAAGUUGACUGCGCAGUCCUACUGGCAUUGUACCUGGAUCACUGAGCUGCAGCUGGAGAUCUUUCACUCUGUGAUGUUCAGAAACUACCAGAGAAAGACGGACAUGGACGAGCCUCCCAGCCUGGAUUACGGGUCGGGCGGAGAGGACGAGAAUGGAGUGGGAAAGAGCGAGAAGAGGAGGGCCAAGGACCCCCAGUACGCCAUACUAGAAGACAAGUACUACAGAUUUGGCAUCAAGCCUGAGUGGAUGAUGAUCCACCGCAUCAUCAACCACAGUGUGGAUAAAAAGGGGACGUACCACUACCUGGUGAAAUGGAGGGACCUGACCUAUGACCAGUGCACCUGGGAGAGAGACGACAUGGACAUCCCAGACUUUGCAAUUUACAAGGGCAACUACUGGAAGCACAGAGAUGCAAUAAUGAAGGAGGACCCAGACAAACCCAGGAGGAUGAGGAGCAAGAUCCAGGAGGGCGAAGAGGAGUCUCCUGCCUCGCCGGUCACUGAUCCUACAAUAAAAUACGAGGAACAGCCCGACUUUGUCACAUCGACGGGUGGGACGCUGCACCUGUACCAGCUGGAGGGUCUGAACUGGCUUCGGUUUUCCUGGGCUCAGGGUACAGACACCAUCCUGGCAGACGAGAUGGGCCUGGGCAAGACCAUCCAGACCAUCGUCUUCCUCUACUCCCUCUUUAAAGAGGGUCACACUAAGGGUCCGUUCCUGGUCAGCGCUCCGCUCUCCACCAUCAUCAACUGGGAGAGGGAGUUUGAGAUGUGGGCGCCCGACUUCUACGUGGUGACGUACACGGGAGACAAGGACAGCCGAGCUAUCAUCAGAGAGAACGAGUUCUCCUUCGACGACACGGCUGUCAAAGGAGGGAAGAAGGCCUUCAAACUGAGGAGAGAGGCUCCAAUCAAAUUCCACGUGCUGCUGACCUCCUACGAGUUGGUGACCAUCGACCAGACGGCGCUCAAGUCCAUCGACUGGGCCUGCCUGGUGGUAGACGAGGCUCACCGGCUCAAGAACAACCAGUCCAAGUUUUUCAGGCGUCUGAACGACUAUAAGAUCGACCACAAGCUGCUGCUGACAGGAACUCCACUACAGAACAACCUGGAGGAGCUGUUUCACCUGCUCAACUUCCUCACACCCAACCGCUUCAAUAACCUUGAAGGCUUCCUGGAAGAGUUUGCCGACAUCUCCAAGGAGGACCAGAUCAAGAAGCUCCACGAUCUGCUGGGGCCUCACAUGCUACGGAGGCUGAAGGCAGACGUCUUCAAGAACAUGCCCUCCAAGACCGAGCUGAUUGUCAGAGUGGAGCUGAGUCCUAUGCAGAAAAAAUACUACAAGCUGAUUCUGACCAAGAACUUUGAAGCUCUGAACUCAAAAGGUGGAGGAAACCAGGUCUCCCUGCUCAACAUUAUGAUGGACCUAAAGAAGUGCUGCAACCAUCCCUACCUCUUCCCUGUCGCCUCCAUGGAAGCCCAAAAAACCCCAGCCGGUGCUUACGAGGGGUCGGCCCUCACUAAGGCCUCUGGGAAACUGACCCUGUUGCAGAAGAUGCUGAGUAAACUGAAAGAGCAGGGACACCGAGUACUGGUCUUCUCACAGAUGACUAAGAUGCUGGAUUUACUAGAAGACUUUUUAGACCAUGAAGGUUACAAGUAUGAAAGAAUUGAUGGAGGCGUCACAGGAGCGCUGAGACAAGAGGCCAUUGACCGCUUCAAUGCUCCUGGUGCUUGUCAGUUCUGUUUCUUGCUCUCCACCAGAGCGGGAGGUUUAGGCAUCAACUUGGCCACAGCCGACACAGUUGUCAUCUUCGACUCUGACUGGAACCCUCACAAUGACAUACAGGCGUUCAGUCGAGCCCACCGAAUAGGGCAAGCCAACAAGGUGAUGAUCUACCGCUUCGUGACGCGAGCCAGCGUGGAGGAGCGCAUUACCCAGGUGGCCAAGAGGAAGAUGAUGCUGACCCACCUGGUGGUCCGGCCAGGCCUGGGGUCCAAAGCUGGCUCCAUGUCCAAACAGGAACUGGACGACAUCCUCAAGUUUGGAACAGAAGAACUCUUCAAGGAUGAAGUAGAACGGAUGAAGAAUAGUUCGGGGGAUAAAGUUGAAGACGAGGGCAGCGUGAUCCACUACGACAGUGUUGCCAUCGAGAGGCUGCUGGACAGAAGCCAAGACGCCACAGACGACUCGGACGUCCAGAAUAUGAACGAGUACCUCAGCUCCUUCAAAGUGGCCCAGUACAUGGUCCGAGAGGAGGAUAAGAUCGAGGAGAUAGAGCGGGAGAUCAUCAAACAGGAGGAGAACGUGGAUCCGGAUUAUUGGGAGAAACUGUUAAGGCAUCACUACGAGCAGCAACAAGAGGACCUGGCAAGCAAACUGGGCAAAGGCAAGAGGAACCGCAAGCCUGUCAACUACAAUGAUGCUGCACAGGAAGACCAAGAGUGGCAUGCUGACAUUUCAGAUAACCAGUCCGAGUAUUCAGUGGGCUCCGAGGAGGAGGACGAGGACUUUGAUGAUCGGCCAGAAGGUCGACGGCAGUCACGUCGCCAGUUGAGAAAUGAGAAGGACAAACCUCUGCCUCCUCUUUUGGCCAGAGUGGGAGGCAACCUCGAGGUGCUGGGCUUUAACACACGCCAGCGAAAGGCUUUCCUGAACGCAGUGAUGCGCUGGGGAAUGCCGUCUCAGGAUGCUUUCUCCUCUCAGUGGCUGGUCAGAGACCUCAGGGGCAAGACUGAGAAAGAAUUCAAAGCUUACGUGUCUCUCUUCAUGCGUCACUUAUGCGAGCCCGUGGCUGACGGGGCGGAGACGUUUGCAGAUGGUGUGCCGAGGGAGGGCCUGUGUCGCCAGCCAGUCCUCACCCGCAUUGGCGUCAUGUCUCUUGUCAAGAAGAAGAUCCAGGAGUUUGAGCACAUCAACGGGCGGUGGAGCCUUCCAGAGCUCAAGCCUGAGGUCAUCAUAAACAAAUCCUCCUCCAGGGCCUCCUCUCCUGUCGUUAAGACCACCACGCCCACCCCCGAAGCCAGCUAUAACAACACACCUUGUACCUCAGAGCCAGCAACCCCUGCUCCAUCAGACAAGCUGGAAAAGAAUGGAAAGGAGGGAGAGAAGGACAAAGAGGAAGGCGAGGCCCUGUCCGACAAAGAGAAAGUGAAGGAGAAAGAAAAGGAUGAGGGGAAAGAGGUGGACAGCAACAGGACUGCAGAGCCUGAAGAGCUUUCCUCCACGACAAAAGACACAUCCCAAAAUGCAUCACCCAGUCCAAAACACGAAGACAAAGAGGACAGCGAUGUGAAAAAAGAGGAAAAGAAGGAAACAACUGACAGUACAGCUGCUACAACAGAGGAGAAAAAGGUACAAGAGGAGAGUAAAGAAGAGAAAAAACAAGACGCAGAGGUCAAAGAAGAGAAAUCAGGAGAAAAGCCGGGGGAGGAGAAGGAAAAAAAUAAGCGGGAAGAGACACUCACAGCAACUGAAACAACAGAUGCAAAGGAUAAAACCGAGGUGUCUGAUGUGAAGAAAGAGGAAGUCAAAGGUGAAAAGGAUGCUGGGAAAGAAGCCAGAGCAACAAGGGAGGAUCCUGCGCCCAAGGGUAACGGGAGGCCUCCCAUUGAGCGACCUCGCUUUAUGUUCAACAUCGCAGACGGGGGCUUCACCGAGCUGCACACUCUCUGGCAGAAUGAGGAGCGAGCUGCCAUCUCCUCGGGGAAGAUGAACGAGAUCUGGCACCGCCGACACGACUUCUGGCUGCUGGCGGGAAUCGUUAUUCACGGCUACGCCCGGUGGCAGGACAUCCAGAAUGACCCCCAGUUCGCCAUCGUCAAUGAGCCUUUCAAAUCGCAGGCGAACAAAGGCAACUUCCUGGAGAUGAAGAACAAGUUCCUGGCUCGACGCUUCAAGCUUUUGGAGCAGGCGCUGGUGAUAGAGGAGCAGUUGCGACGGGCGGCCUAUCUGAACAUGACCCAGGACCCCAGCCACCCGGCCAUGGCGCUCAAUGCACGCUUUACAGAGGUGGAGUGCCUGGCGGAGUCACACCAGCAUCUCAGCAAGGAGUCACUGGCUGGCAACAAGCCAGCCAACGCUGUCCUGCACAAAGUGUUGAACCAGCUGGAGGAGCUGCUGAGUGACAUGAAGGCCGACGUUACCCGGCUACCGGCCACGCUGUCCAGAGUCCCACCCAUCGCCGCCCGUCUGCAAAUGUCCGAGAGGAGCAUCCUCAGCCGACUGGCCAGCAAGGGCACUGAGACGCACACCCCCCCGCCCAUACCUCCAGGACCCUACGCAACCCCUCACAACUACGGAGGUCACUUCACCCCCGCCCCCCCGAGCGCGCUAUACAUGGGAGGGGCCAACUACAGUCAGAUGCCGCCAGGAUCCUUCAUAUCAGUGUUGAAUGGGCCUCACAUGUCUGUAAAGAAGGAGCGGGAAGCAGAGUCGCUUGUCAACCGGCGGGAGCAGCGCAGCGGAGAGGUCAUCUGUAUCGACGACUAGACCACACACACACACACACACACACACACACACACACAAACACACGCACACACACGCAGACAAAAGUUUUCUAAAACUUUGCUGACUGAUACUCCCUGAAAAACUACAGUCACACACAAGAACAAAAACCUAAACACACUCACGCACAUGUGCACUUACUGUCAACAGACACACGCACGCACGCACACACCCCUACAGUAUACAGUCCAUAUUGUCUCUUGUGACCUUCUCUUGUCUGCCUCAAACCAUUAUACUCCUCAUAAGUGGGCCUCUUCACACAGGCCUCCUACUUCUCCUCUUCAGAUGCUUCUAACCUCAUCUACAUACACACUUACAGUUAUUAGACACACAACACUUACACACACAACUUUCAACCCACCUCAAUCCUAGAAACCUUUAGAUCUCUCAAUAGACCAUGUAUCCUUCCCCUUCCUCCUUCUCCUGCCCUCAACAGGAAGCUGCAUGUGAAACUAAAAUCAUUUCUACACGCCGCAUCCAUCCCCUUAAGCAUGCUCUAAUCACAAUAAUGCUGUCUCGUGGAAGGGGGGGGGGGGGGAUGGUGUCAAGCUGUGCCUACAGUUUUAAUACAGUUUCUAAUUCUCUGAUUUCUCAGUCCAAGCAGCUCCAAGCACAGCUCCAGGUAUUCUUUAUUCUUCUUUUUUUUCUUCAAUGGUACAUGUUAAGAUAAAAACACGUGCAGCAAGGUAUAAUAUGAUGAUUAUAUUCAGGACUUGUUCGACCACAUUAAGUAUUUGCCACCAUCCCAUUUCGCUCCCCUGGUUCUAGUGUAUGUUAAGAGCUUUGAGGUAUUUUAGGGGUUGGCGACGACGUUAUUUUUCAGAAACCUAUGAAUGUUAUAACCUUUUCAUCAGCAAGUUAGUGUUAAUAAAACCCAUCUAUCACCUUAAACACUCCCCUUGACACCCCCUCCCUUUAUCAAUCUUUUGUUUUUCUAAGUUUCUAUUUCUUUAUACAAAAUCCUGUGAUAUACUUUACUCUUGCGGUUAUGAGUAUUGUCGUCAAUGUUGCCGUUGUUCUCUCUGUUGCUAUUCGAGAAAAAGCUUUUACCAAAUGAGACAUUUUUUGUAACGAGAAAUAAGAAAAACGAUACAGUAUAUGUGACACAAAUGCACCUCUUUGCCAUGAUUGUCCUAUGUUACAAGAGAACACAAACAAAGAAGUUUAGCUAACUUCAGAGGUCGAUAUAUUACAAGAAAACUCGUUUUUCUUGCUUUUAGAUUUGGGGCUUGCAAAUGACAUAAACAUACAUAGAAAGAUAUGCCAUAUGUAACCCUAAAUGCUUCUAUGAGCAGAAAGAAAAUGUAUACUAUCUAACCACAGUAAAAAUACACAGUUAUCUGGAAAAUUGAAGGCUGGAAAUACAUUUUAUAUACUGCAAUCAUUGAAAAACGCCUUAAGAAACAUAGCUGAACAAAUGCAAAAUCAUCAAACUGAAUUAAGAACCUGAUGUCAACCUGUAAAUCCUAGUCAGUCUGCUUUAAAUUGAAACUAAAAAAUGAUAGCUACUGUUAAUUUAUCUUGUAAAUCCCAGACAUUUUACACUGAUCUUCCCAAGUAAUAGUCCAUUUUAGAAGUUAUGUUUCAUACUAAAGUUUUUGCAACCCCUGAAAUUAAAUGAUAAAAGCACUUAGUUAUUUUUCUUUGUCCUCCCUCCAGAGUUUUGUGUCAAUUUCUGGGUAUCUUGUGUCACUGUGUAUGUAGUGGUUCCGAUCAAAUGAGUGGCAGUGAAACAUGUCAAUGAUGAUGCAUCUCCUUUUUUGUUUUUUCUUUCUUUUUUUGUUUGUAAUAAAAUGAAUGAAAUGAUAAAAA